GUUAUUAUUCUGCUUGUGUGUUACUUCGUCUUCCUCUGGUUUACCAAUAGGUGGAUAACAUGAAUCACAGUUUUAGCGGCCCGAAAACGAGAAACGCUAGCGAGUAUGACGAGAUACGAGGGACACAAGUUCCAGCUAGUUUGCCGUUUAUCAACCAAUAUGGCGGACCUCAAAGGCUCGAAGAGGGUUAUGAUGAACUCUUUGAUCCGCCUUUAGAAAGCAAGUAUGAGUGCCCUAUCUGCCUUCUAGGACUUCGAGAUCCUGUCCAAACGCCGUGCGGCCACAGAUUUUGCUUCAACUGCAUUAGACGAUCCAUUAGGGAUGCUGGACCAAAGUGCCCAGUUGAUAACACACCACUUUCAGAGAGAGAGCUGUACCGAGACAACUUUGCCAAGCGGGAAAUGAUGUCUUUCAUUGUGUGGUGCCGGCUCAAGAAGGAGCGGGGAUGUACAUGGAAGGGAGCUUUGAAAGAACUGGAGGAACAUCUUAAGGGCUGUCCCUGUAUGGAUACUAACUGUCCUAAUGAGUGUGGCGCAGUAAUGCAAAGAAAGGAAGUUGACAAGCACUGUGCCGAGGCAUGUCCCAAUCGCUCUGUGCCCUGCGACCACUGCAAGAUGAAGGUUACUAUCAGCAAAAUAGAGAAACAUUUGAAAGAGUGCCCAAAGAUGGUGAUCCAAUGCAAAAGUUGCAAACAGAAUGUCACAAGAGAAAAGAUGACUGAUCAUCUUCAGAGCAGCUGCCCAAAGAUGAAAUCAACCUGCCCAUUUGCAUUCUUAGGCUGUGAUUUUGAGGGUUUUAACCCGGCUGUGAUAAAGCACGUCACGGAAAACCGUGAGAAGCAUUUCUUUGAAUUAGGGAGAUACCAUCAACGGCUGAAUACCGAAGGGAAAGGCGGAGCUGUUGGAGGUAAAGAUAAAUCACGUCAGUCAUCUAAAGAACAGGCAUCCCACGGCCCACAAGAACACACUCCACACGAGGCAGAACUUCGGCGUGAGGCUCUUUUUCAAAGUGCCAACAUGCAAAGGGAGGUGGACAUGCUCGGUUCCCGGGGAGAUGAGUAUCGGCAGUUUCUUGCUUACCUGGAACGCAAGGUAGAAGAUGUCAAGACAAGCAGUGAUAGGCGCAUUGCAGAGCUGACCCACAAGCUGAUGAGACUUGAGACCCGGGAGAUCGAGCUGGAGGGAAGGGUGUGCAAUGGAACAUUCAUCUGGAAGCUGGACAACUUCAGGCAGUGUAGAGAAGGUUCCAUUGCAGGCCUAACAGCGGCCAUACACUCACCGCCUUUCUAUACAAGCAUGUAUGGCUACAAAAUGUGCCUCCGGAUGAAUUUAAACGGCGUGGAUGGAGGACUGGGUGAGCACGUCUCCUUGUUCAUUCACAUGAUGCAAGGCGAUUGGGAUGGUAUCCUGGAGUGGCCAUUUAUCGGACGGAUAACCCUUUCCAUCCUGGACCAAAGUGACCAAAUUGAUUCAAGGAGACCGAUCAGCGAGACGCUGGUAGCAAAGCCCAACUUGUUGGCCUUUCAAAGGCCUACUUCUCCCCGUAACCACAAAGGCUAUGGGUAUGUGGAGUUUUGUCCGAUUGAUCAGUUAACCGAAGGACAAUACAUUAAGAAUAAUAGCAUAUUGGUUCGCAUCCAGAUUUCCCGCUAGAUCUAAUCUGAGGUUCUGCCAAUGUGUCGGGUUGUAUAUAUAAACACUGAUCGCUCAAUUCAUUAUUGUUAUAUUUAUAUUCUUAAGCUAUUAAGUUUCUCGCGAUUGUUUUACGCAUUUCCCUAAUAGUUUCUUUCCCAAUAGUGUUUUCGUUCUGAAUGUCAGCUUCUCUUUCGGUCCGCUUCUGUAUGUAUGUCAGUUUGUCUAUUUGUUUAAACCCAGUAGCGUAUUUGCGUUUAUAAUAUUUUGUAUAAUUUCACACUUGUAUCAGUUUUAUAACGAUAAACGUGCUUGGUAUAAGUUUGCCGUGAGUUUUAAAUUUUCAUUGUAAGUUUUGUAUAAAGAUUAGAAUGAUUUUUGCUUAUUAUAUCAAGCCUUUAGACAUCCGUAGCCUUUACCCAAAGCCUGUGCAAGAUGGCGGGUAAAGGUCCAUAAACACGUUCAUAUAUAUGAACAUCCGUAUGCCAUAUUGGCAGAACCUCAGAAAAUGUGGAUGGUAUUACUAUAGUUCGGAACACAUGAAUGCACAUUAUAUCAUUUACUUAAUUAACUUUGCAGAAGUUUUGACUUCAGGUUGGAUUUUAAAAAAUAGCA